AUGUACCGGGCCCGGGCGGCGCGGGCGGGGCCGGAGCCCGGCAGCCCGGGGCGCUUUGGGAUCCUCAGCACCGGGCAGCUCCGGGACCUGCUUCAGGAUGAGCCCAAGCUGGACCGGAUCGUGCGGCUCAGCAGGAAGUUCCAGGGUCUGCAGCUGGAGCGCGAGGCAUGCCUGGCCUCCAACUACGCGCUAGCCAAGGAGAACCUGGCACUGCGGCCCCGCCUGGAGAUGGGCCGGGCUGCCCUGGCCAUCAAGUACCAGGAGCUUCGAGAGGUGGCCGAGAGCUGUGCGGACAAGCUACAGCGACUGGAGGAGAGCAUGCAUCGCUGGAGCCCCCACUGUGCGCUGGGCUGGCUGCAGGCUGAGCUGGAAGAGGCUGAGCAGGAGGCUGAGGAGCAGAUGGAGCAGCUGCUGCUGGGGGAGCAGAGCCUGGAGGCCUUCCUGCCGGCCUUCCAGCGCGGCCGCGCCCUGGCCCACCUGAGGCGGACCCAGGCGGAGAAGCUGCAGGAGCUGCUGCGGCGCCGGGAGCGGGCUGCCCAGCCGGCCCCCACUGCUGCUGCAGAGCCCCCCAAACCCUUCCCCGCCGCAGCCGUCCUGCCCACCGGGGCCACCCGGGGGCCGCCGGCAGUGCCCCGGAGCCUGCCUCCCUUGGACUCCCGCCCAGUGCCCCCUCUGAAGGGCUCCCCCGGGUGCCCCCUUGGCCCGGCCCCGCUGCUGAGCCCUCGGCCCUCGCAGCCAGAGCCUCCCCACCGGUAGGAUCCAGAGUAUGGCCCCCCAGUGGGGGGGCCCAGACAAACUUGAUCUGUGGCUCCUCCUUCUCCCCCCCUCGCUGUCCGGGUGGGGGGAGGGGCAGGCCCCUCCCCCUGGCCUCAGGCACGCCCUGGCCCUGGAGGCGGAGCUGGGGAG